CAACCACACUUCAACGCUUCUACCAUCGCAUAUCUCACCAUGGCGAAGCUCCUCAAGCAACCUCUCAAGCUCGCGCUCAUCCAAUUGGCUUCGACAGCCGACAAAGCGCACAACCUCGCGCACGCGCGCACUAAAGUCCUCGAAGCCGCCCGCGCCGGCGCACACCUCGUCGUCCUCCCCGAAUGCUUCAACUCGCCCUACGGCACGAAGUACUUCGCGCAGUACUCGGAGACCCUGCUCCCGUCGCCGCCCUCGGAGGCGCAAUCGCCCUCCUUCCACGCGCUGAGCGCCAUGGCGAAAGAGGGCGGCGUGUACCUCGUCGGCGGCAGCAUCCCGGAGCGCGGGCCGCCCAGCGACAACAGCGGAAAGAGCCUGUACAACACCAGCCUGACGUUCUCGCCACAGGGCGAGCUGCUGGCGACGCAUCGCAAGGUGCACCUCUUCGACAUCGACAUCCCGGGCAAGAUCAAGUUCAAGGAGAGCGAGGUGCUGAGCCCCGGGAACAAGAUCACGGUCGUCGACCUGCCGGAAUACGGCAAGGUUGCGGUUGCGAUCUGCUACGAUGUCCGCUUCCCGGAGCUGGCGACGAUUGCGGCGCGCAAGGGCGCGUUUCUGCUGCUGUAUCCUGGCGCGUUUAAUUUGACGACGGGCGCGCUGCAUUGGGAGUUGUUGGCGAGGGCGAGGGCGACGGAUAAUCAGGUGUAUGUGGGGCUGUGCAGCCCGGCGAGGGAUAUGAGCGCGGAGUAUAAUGCGUGGGGGCAUAGUAUGGUGGUGGAUCCGAAUGCGGCGGUGCUGGAGCAGUUGGAUGAGAAGGAGGGGAUUGUGUAUGCGGAACUGAAGGGGGAGAGGGUGGAGGAGGUGAGGAGUGGGAUCCCGCUGAGGGAUCAGAGGCGGUUUGAUGUCUAUCCGGAUGUUAGCAAAGGGGGGAAGUUCGAGGAGUAGGUGAGUAGGGUUGGUAGGAACUAUCAGAUUCAGUCAUCUCUAUAUAGAAGUCAUCAAAAGAAGAGACGUAGGCACGGAUAGGCGGUUCGGAUUACACGCCAUAUGGCAUUCGUUGUAAGUAUAUAUUGAUCUUGAACAUCUCAAAACUUGCACUAGCUCUAUGUUCUCUGAUGCGACCACACCGUCUUCCUUUUCAUCCUCUAGUCUCAAUGAGAGGGCCCAUCCAUCCUCUCUAUCAAUUAGGCCUUCUAUAAUUUACUCCCUCUCACACUCUGCGCAUGCGUCCUGUCCUCACUUAUUUCCCUAGCUCCGUCUUUCCCCUCGCUGCCAACCGUCC